UGUUUCGUUACCUGGGUGCAACGGUUUUUGCAUAUUUCAACAUUGGUAAUUUACUCCUAGUGAGCACAGUCACUGUCAGAGCAGAGCCGGUGUAAAACCACCUCUGGAAACUGUUCACUUUCUCAGGAUGUCUCUCCUCUGGGUUGGCCUCUCUCAGCUCCUCAGCUGGACGGGCCUCUGUCAGCUGCUGGUUCUGGUCGGUGCCGGACUGGGAGCUGUGGUUGCAGUGUGGACGGUGAAGCUGUUGGUGCGUCACGCCUGGUUCACACACAGACUUUCCUGCUUCAGCAAGCCACAUGCACCCUCCUGGUUGUUGGGCCAUAUGGGCAAGAUGCAGAGCACAGAGGAAGGCCUCCUGCAGGUGGAUGACUUGGUGCAGAUGUACACACACUCCUGCAGCUGGUUCAUCGGCCCUUUCUAUCACCUGGUCAGACUCUUCCACCCGGACUACAUCAAACCUCUGCUCAUGGCACCUGCCAGCAUCACAGUGAAAGACGAGCUCAUCUAUGGACAUCUGCGUCCGUGGCUUGGACACAGCCUGUUGCUUUUAAACGGACGCGAGUGGUCUCGCAGGAGGCGGCUGCUGAGUCCCGCUUUUCAUUUUGAUAUCCUGAAGAACUACGUCGUCAAGUUUAACGACUCCACCAACACCAUGCUCGAUAAGUGGCACAAACUGUUGGCAGAAGGCACGAAUCAUGUAGAAAUGUUUGACCACGUCACUCUGAUGACACUCGACAGUUUACUGAAGUGUGCCUUUAGUUACAACAGCAACUGUCAGAGGUCUUCCAGCGAGUACGUGUCAGCCAUAGUGCAGCUGAGUGACCUGAUCAUAGAUCGCCGCACAAAGAUUUUGCACCACUGGGAUUUUAUUUACUGGAAGACUCAGCAGGGGAAACACUUCAAGAAGGCCUUAAGCAUCGUGCACAGGUUUACCAUGGAGGUGGUUCAGAAGCGUCGAGCCCUGAUCAGCCAGCGGAAGAAGACAGGAGCUGGUUUCCCCGCAGCACCACUGAAGAAGAAGAUGGAUUUUGUGGACAUCAUCCUGCUGUCUAAGGAUGAGGACGGACGAGGCCUAACAGACGAGGAGAUUCAGGCGGAGGCAAACACCUUCAUGUUUGCAGGGCACGACACAACAGCCAGCGCGAUUUGCUGGGUGCUGUAUAAUUUAGCGCGCCACACACAAUAUCAGGACAAAUGCAGGCAGGAAGUGACAGAUCUGAUGGAAGGACGAGAAACACAUGAAAUACAGUGGGAGGAUCUGGUCAACCUCCCCUUCACCACCAUGUGCAUCAGAGAGUCUCUGCGGCUGCACUCUCCUGUGCAGGCUGUAACCAGGAAGUACACCCAGGACAUGGACCUGCCCGGCGACCGCACCGUACCUAAAGGAGUCAUCUCUUUGGUCAGUAUUUAUGGGACGCACCACAACCCUGCCAUCUGGACAAACCCACACGAGUUUGAUCCUCUGCGUUUCGACCCUGCAAACAAAGAUGGCCGGUCUUCUCACGCUUUCAUCCCCUUCUCCUCGGGCCCCAGGAACUGCAUUGGUCAGAAAUUCGCCAUGGCAGAGCUGCGAGUCGUCGUGGCGUUGACCCUGCUCAGGUUUAGUCUGACCCCGGGAUCCAACCCUGAAGUGGGAAGCAGUUCAGGGGGAGUUCGCCGUCUCCCCCAACUUGUGCUACGUGCAGAGGGAGGAUUGUGGCUGCAGCUGGAGCCGAUAACCCUGCACGACAUGGAUGAAUGAAACCAGUCACUGUGUUGUAACAUGCAUUCGGAGCUUUGUUUCUUACGAAAUUAAUGUAAAGUAAAUUGUGAUAUAAUUUGUGUGAAUGCUCAUCGUGCAGCUACAGAAAACCUGGAACUACAAAUGUAACUCAAGUAAAUUCUGCUAUUACUUUGCUUUGUUGUUCUCAGCGGAAAAUGCAUUUAAGGUAUAAGGUAUGGCUGUGAUAUGAACAAACAACAUUUUUAAAAAUAAUUUAUUCUGAAGUGGAGAAUUCUUGCUCAGAGUAUUAGAAAAACAACAACUUUGAAUACAUUUUGCAAACUCCCAAAAUGUACCACUUUAUAGAAAUAGCCUGUAGUGUAUUCUGGCUGCAGUGACAACAUCUGUCCACUGGGCGGCGGUAUAGCACUGUUUCUGAUUCUGUAUUUGUUUUUUGUUUUUAUUUUUACUUUAUUUUGUAUUUUUACAGCAGUAAAUAACUAGAUAUUUUUGUCGUAAUGACCUGUACCGCAUACAUGGUGACUCUGAAACAAAAUUAAUUAAAUGUAAGAGUAUUAAAUAUCCA